CAAUGGUGGGAUCGUUUUUAAGAAAACUUUAACAUUUUCGGCGCCAUCUCUAAACAUGAGGAAAUUGUUAAUAAAACUUCAUCGCAGUCAUUGUGGGCCAUUACAAUUGACAAUAGUAAUUCUCAGUUUAUUUCUCCUGUUUGCUGUCAUCGGGGACCCUCGAUGGGCUGCAAAUUCUUUUAAAGAGGAACCGAGAGUUAUGUCAUGGCAAAUUGUAAACUAUCAAAAUACUACCUCAGGGACAAGUGAGCCCAAAAUUGUCGGUAAUCCUUAUUUAAUGUUAUCUUCCGAUGAGGCAAGUAAUAUAAAAAGACAAUUCGAAGUUAGAAGAAGAAGAGUGCAGCAUCUCUGUAUAUACAGCAAAGAGAACCCUUCUAUUCUGGAGUCUGCGGUGUCAAAAAUAAUUAUAGACGAAAAACAUGGAAUAUCGUGGUGCCCCGUAUACAAAGCUGCAAGUUCUGUGUGGAUGCAGAAUUUUGCAUCGCUCCGAGGUCUCCUGUCUGAGCCGAUAAUGGAUCUUAUUCGUAAAAAUAUUAUUCAAGUAAACAGCAUUGUUAGACAGUCGCUUUCAAAGGACAUAAAUGCGAAUCAAUCUCUUGAGAAAAUAGAAGAGACAAAAAAACUCCUCAUAGUACGUCAUCCCUUUGAACGUCUUUUAUCUGCAUACAGGGAUAAGUUAGAACACAAAGAAGGGCGAGAAUACUAUUACACUCGAUUUGGCCGACACAUUACACAUCGAUAUCGCCGAAGGAAAAAUCCCUCUGACAUGAGACUAGAACCAACGUUUGUAGAAUUUCUAGAAUUUAUUGUGAAAGAAAAAUACUUUGAUGAACACUGGGUACCUUAUUACGACUCUUGUGCCCCUUGUAAAAUUCAAUACGACUAUAUUUUAAAGUUUGAAACUCUACUAGAGGAGCAAAGUAUAUUUUUAAGUGAUACCGGCUUGUUCGGUUAUCUAUACCAAGUGGGAGAUGCAAGGAAUGCUAUUCCACAUGAAAGUACAACCAGGACAGUAGCAAAAGAUUAUUUUGAAAAUGUACCAAAAUUGCUUUUAAAAGAAGUUCAUAAAGUCUACGAGAAGGACUUCAAAUUGUUCGCAUAUAGUCCAGGAGAGUAUUUCUAUAUGUCAUUAGAUAAUAAUCCUGUUAAUGUAAAUAAAAGUGUUAUUUAAAUGAAAUGUAUUUUUCUCGCUAAUAUAAUCUUUUCCAUGUCUGAAAAUGUAACAAUGUAACUCACUUGUCCAA